AGCACACCAAAUGAAUCUCGAUCACUGGGUCGAUCACAAUCCGAACCCCGGCCUCAUCAAUCCGGCACGGUGAGGCCAGGCAACGACCCGUACCGUUGUGCAUGCCCGGAACUAGCGUGUAGUAAAAAGUUCCAUCGAUCCCUCGAUCCUCGCCGCCACGCGCUCCAUUACCAUCACAGACCCUCAGUCGUUAGCACUACUGUAGUGCCUGGAAGCGAUGAGCGGUGAUCGUGGAUGGACGCCCUACGGACCAUGGAAAGGAGUGCGGCAGUUUGAGGAAUGGUCUGGGCUGAGAGCAGUGAAACGCCAAUCUCUACCCGCUCCAGCCUAACCCCUUCUGUCUAGAUCCCCUCGCGCGUCGGUCCCGCAAGUCACAAACGGGGUGGGCCUUUGCUGACUUUGUCUGACCUUCAUGACAAGAAUAAACGUCCUAGCGGACGAGAUAGGAGAUUGCAAGCGAAUGCCCUUUUAAAGACUGCGAUAUCACGCCGCCCUCAUUCUGUGCAAGGCCGCACUCUGGCAUUGAACUGCACGUCUUGAUCCAUGGACGUCCAACAUCAAAGCCCAUCCAGCAAUGUUUUGGUCGCGCGAAUGAGGAAGCCACAUGGUGAAGGUGAAACGCUUGUCCCUCAACUUAUUGUAACUGCUUGGCUUGUUCCCGUCUUCCCCGCCAUAUUUGUCUGCGCUAGAUUUUACACGACCCGCCGCAUCCUAAAAUCCAAGCCAAAGGAAGAUUGGUACAUUCUCGUUGCGUUGAUAUUCUCCAUCCUCUUCUCGGUAUCUGUAACGAUACAAACACAAUAUGGGCUUGGUAAGCAUUUGGAUGACCUUCCAGAUUUCAAAAAUACCUACACCAAGUAUCUUCUCAUCAGCGCAUUUGGAGUCACUGGCACGUAUCCAAUUGCCAACUUCUUCACCAAAUUCUCAAUUCUCUCUUUCUACCUGCGCUUUACAACGAGCCGUGGCUUCACUUAUACCGUCUAUUCCACCAUUGCUCUCGUCCUUGCCUUCAAUUUUGUCGGGGCAACAGGCGUCCUUUACUGGUGCCAACCGAUCGAGACCUUCUGGAAGCAUUGGGAGGGAGGAAAAUGCGUGGAAAGUGAUACCUGGUAUAUAUCGCUCCUGGGAAUCAAUGUUGUGACUGACGUCAUUAUCUUGUUGCUGCCCAUAUUUAUCAUCAGGCCCUUGAGAGUGGCGUUCGCUCAAAAGGUUGCCAUCGGCGCUAUCCUGGGGACAGGCGGCUUCGUGCUGGGAGUCAGCCUUUUUCGCUUCAUCUUGACAAUCCUGGAUAGGGAAGAUGAAGAUCGCACUUGGCGCCUGGCAUUCAACUAUAUCUGGGGCAUAGUAGAAAUGAACGUCGCCAUCAUAUGCGCUUGCAUGCCCUGUCUAAAGCCAUUGCUCGUACGCUUCUUUCCUCGGGCUCGCUGGCUGAGAGUAGUCCCGCAGCUGAGAGACUUGGAAACUAUAUCAGACGCCAGCAUGACGGACCGAGAGACCUCAAUCGAUGUAGCGCAAAGGCGAAUCGACUGGACAGCAUUGCGGGCAAGCCACGCUGUAGAGAAUGACGCAGAAGUAGCACCAACGGACCUGACGUCCAAUCGAAGAUGUAGUUAACCCAGAAAGAGAAAGGCCAGGGGACCGAAAUCAGGACAAGCACCAGGCGACAGCUCCGGCAACAACAUCUGGAAGCACAAGCUAGACAACGUCCUCAAAAUUCUACAUACCACCCUUUAAUACCAGUCAAACACCAAAAACAGAAGUACUUGACCCGUCACGAAUCGCUUACUGGCCCAUUCACUCAACCCUCUUUGCAUUCAACGCCAUCGCAACCGGAUCAUCGUCAUCCUCCGUCUCCUCCCACUCCUUCAUCGUCAUCCUCUUCACCUUCUUCUUCCCAGCCCUUUCCCUCUCCGCCUCCGCCUUGGCGAUCUCCAGCUCCUGGAACACGUUCGGAUCCCUCUGCACCAUCACUUGCGGCGGGAUCCACAUCCGUUUCUUCUCCUCGGGCUCCUGAUUCCAGAUCCGGCCGAAGUCCGCAAUUUCCUCCUGUUCUUCUUGCUCCUCCUGCUGCUUCCUUUGCAAAUCGUCGCUUCCUCGCAGCAGGGAUUCAUCCAGCAUUUGCCCUGGCCGCCUCCGUUUUAGAUUGGAUCUCAGUCCGUCAUUGAAGAACUGCUCGCUGGUGUAAAAGGCUGUAGGCAUAUUGUGGAUGUUGUUGGGUCCUAUACCGAGAUAGUAAUAUGCUUCUGUUUGAUAGCUGAUGGGCGGUGUGCUGGUGCGGUCUACGAUGCCCAUGCCCUCAAGGCGGCGAAGGACGCGGUCCACAUCUUCGUGGUCGGAGAAGUCGACCGUCUGGACGGCGAUUAGCCGAUGGUUUGGGUAGUCUAUAACGGAAGAGGUGGCGAUCCGGGCGGAGGUGCCGAGGAUGUUGAGGUCAGUUGCUUGGGCUAUUUCCGACCAGACUUUGGUCGCUUCAGAAGUAGGGACGGAAAUCAUCCACUGGGAAAACAAGUUAGCUUGACAGCCAGUUGGCAUUUCAGUAAGGAAAAACCAAGAAUAUAUUCGCAAUCCAAAGCCCAAACCGAUGCGGCUCAUGCGCCUUCCCAUGAUCCAAAUACCCCUUUACAAAGUACGCCUCCCGAUUGGGGUUCUCAACUACAUACCACCGCGGCACAAACCGGUCAUUCUUCCCGCCCAUUUUCGGCCCCGGAACCGGCGGCAGUCUGUCCAGAAAAUCCGCGACUGGCUCCCCAGGUUGCCGCACACCCGCUGGCGGCUCGGACCGCUGACUGAGCGAGUCCCACCGCCAUGGCGUGCGGUUGUAGGGUUCGCGCAGAUGGAGGACUUCUUGGGCCCAUUCGUGUUUGGCGCGGGUGCGGUCUUGGAUGGUCAUUUGUGUUCCGGAGGAGGGGAAUGUACGUUGGAGGCAAUAAGCAAACCAUUCGUCUAUUCGCGGCUUGGCGAGGCUUUGGAAGGGCGCGCCGUAGACUUUGCGCAGGAUGCGUGAGUACUUGGGGUCGCGAUAGAUGGCGUCCAGGUGUGAGGGGGUAGUUGGCUCGUCAUAGUAGGGUC